AGAGAUCAAUUCGGAGUUUGCCUCGUGCAUGCUCAAUACAUGUCUGGAAAUAUAAACACUAGCUGCCAUACACUUCUGUUUUAGAUAACUGCCAAACACUGGGAAUAAAUGGAGGCGUUCAACCAGCUGAUCUUGGAAUAUCCUCAAUUCAUGUACGGAGGAGCCGGAGCAACGGUCUUUAUGGCUGGGGGAGCUCUGAUUUACAAAAUUGCAACAAGAAAGAAACCCACACAUGUCAAUGUGAAUUGCUGGUUCUGCAACCAGGACUCAGUGGUUCCAUAUGGAAACAGAAACUGCUGGGACUGCCCCAACUGCGAGCAGUACAACGGCUUCCAGGAGAAUGGCGACUACAACAAACCUAUUCCGGCUCAAUUCUCGGAGCAUCUAAACCAUGGCGUGUCUGCCGGCGUGCCCUUGCCUGAGACACCAAAGACGCUGCAGUGGGUCAACUGUCAGAUGCUGUUGUGCAAAAAAUGCAACAACAACCAGUCCGUCAAGAUCAAGCAGUUGGCCUCAUUCAUCCCAAGGGAAGAUGAGAACUAUGAUGAGGAGAUUGAGGUGUACAAGCACCACGUGGAGCAGACCUACAAGUUGUGCAGACCCUGUCAGACGGCCGUGGAGUACUACAUCAAGCACCAGAACCGCCAGCUCCGGGCUGUGCUCUUCAGCCACCAGCUCAGACGCAGCAGAGACUGUGACAAAGCAUUCGUAAAGAGCUCCUACUCCUUCAGCACACCAGUUGGAGUGAUAUUGCUUCGUGUCAUGGCGUUCUUCACCUGUGCCUUCCUAGUUGCAACAGCAUUGUAUGGCUCUGGGGACCAAACUGCAUCCGCUGGUGCACCCCAAACACUAAGCGGGGGGAUCAUCCCUACAAAGCCUGCUCCCUCCAACAAAUCCACUCCCCAAAACGGUAGCAGCGAGGCUGGACAGGUGUUGCAAGACCUGCUAGAGCUGCUUCCAGAGGAGGCCGUAGAGAAUGCAAAGCUUGUCUGGCAGUAUGGAAGGAACCAUCAGAUGGCUGUGGUCUCCAUUGGCCUGCUGACCUGUAUCACUGGUGUCUGUCUAGGAGGACCUGUCAGAUUGAGGCGAAUUGAUGCUGUGGCCUCUGUCCUGUGGUUCCUGGUCUUGUGCCUGUACUUGGUGGAGAGAUACCUGAAAGCUGAUGUCUCAAGCUGGCUGGAUGCAGUCAAACUCGGAACGACCUCCUUAUGUUGCCUGGUUGGCUUUGCCGCUGCUGUGGCAACACGCAAAUCCAUGGGCCCGAGAAGAGCGAGAGGUCGAAGGUCAGAAUCUGAACAGUGACACUUAAAUGUACUUAUAAGACCCACCGAAUACACUAGGACACACUUGUGAACACAUAGGAUAUGUUUCUAUAACGCAUAUGACUUUCCCGCCCUUUCUCAUCUUUCCUUUGCUGAUAUUAACCAACUAAUUGAUGCACUCAUGUUAGCCUAAUCUGAAGAUUUCUUACUUGGCAUUGGUUGUCGAAUGCAGCUUUCUGAUUUAUCCUGUUGAUUUGAAAAGUAAUUUUACCAACAACCCUAUCUAAACUACACAGGGACUCCCAUUAAGCAUGGAGCAUAGCUACCACUUAAAUUGUAGCUAUAUUUUUGGACUUUUGAAAGAAAAUGGAAAAAAAAAAUAUAUAUAUAUAUAUAUAUAUUUCUCUUAGAAAAUCAAAAUAAAUUGUCUGUGUAACAGAUAUGAACAGAUCGAGGUGCUGCCCUUUUCUUUGACAUUAGCAUUGCUCAAGCCUCAAUCUUGUUUUUAAAACCCUGAUGGCUAAUACAACAUUUUGACUGGGCAAAACCAUGCCUAUCAAAUCUAAUCAAAGGCCUAAGAAUGAGUCAUUUUAUUUCAAAACCUGAUUAUUGUGACGAAUCCUGGGGUAGUGAUUGUAGUGGGAUUAUGAUUUUAAUCUGAAUGUUCUACAACACUUGCUAGCCGGCGAAGUAGUUUGACAAUAUCGUCCGAUGCCUCCCAUUGUGUGCUGAACGUUGGGUAUUUGGUGGACAAACCUUUUUGGAAGGAGAGAGUCUGGGGACAGGCUUUGGCAGAGGACUAGUUAGUUUAGAUUGGGGGGAAAAAACCUGUUCCCAGAAUCAAAUUGUGUAGCUGGCCAGCAUGCACACAAUAUUUGUGUUCUAGUUGCUGAGAUUAUACAAAACCCAGGAUUGUUUGCCGUCCAGUACACUUUGCUCACUGCCUGGGCUACACUACGCAUGUCAAAUGGAGCCCAUAGUCUUUUGGCCAAGUCCCAUGUGAGGGUUUCUCUUUGAAGUUAUUGUAUUUUUCCCAUGCACCUGCAACAAGAUAUCUCACAUGUGAUUUUUAAUGUUUAAUGCCCAUGCCCUACACAAGUGUCAAGUCCAGUUGUGCUGAAUUCAGUAAUUCAUCCCAACAAGUUUUGCACUGUAAAAACAGUAUGGUUUGUUUGACCUAGCCUAUUUCACAAUAAUGAUGGAAAUCUAGCCGCUGUGAUAAGCUUGGGUGACAAGGUGUCUCAUUGUUAAACCGCUAGGCUAAAUAUUGUUACAGCACUGCUUUUUUACCUAAAAUAUGUUACCCUUUUGUUUUGCAACUAUAAAGACCACACUAAUAUAAUGGUGUUGGUUUGCGUUCCUGGCACACUGAAUUUAUUCUUGAAGUUUUGAAUUAAACCAUAGUUGGGUAGGUGUUGUGAAGAAAGGUUUUGUUGACACAUCUUUACCAAUAUACCAAAAAGACUGACUACUCUUGGUAUUGAAACUCAAAAGUGUCACUGCUUUUGACAUUUAUUUCUCUACUGUUGUGUAGCACAGGUCUUUCCUAGUUGUAUAUGGGGCGGCAGGGUAGCCUAGUGGUUAGAGCGUUGGACUAGUAACCGGAAGGUUGCAAGUUCAAAUCCCCGAGCUGACAAGGUACAAAUCUGUCGUUCUGCCCCUGAACAGGCAGUUAAACCCACUGUUCCUAGGCUGUCAUUGAAAGUAAGAAUUUGUUCUUAACUGACUUGCCUAGUAAAAUAAAGGUUAAAUAAAUAAAGACAAACAAGCUUAAGAUUAAGUGAAAGCUGUAUACAGUUCACACGUAGUUUCCCCAGGUACAAGGUGCUCUCCUGAAUGUUAUUUUGUUAUUUUUCUGUGUACACAACAGUAUAUAUUUUUUUAUCCCCCAGAAUGGUACAUUUUUGUGGCAGUCUUUAGAGGACAUUUGAGAUGCCAAUACUCCCUAACUUUCUGUCUUUGCAUGUUAGGUUCUGAUGUAUCCUCUUGUAAAGCAUAUGCUAAUCCAUAUUUUAGAGAAAGUAAUAGGCCUAACUAUACUGCCAUCUGCCUCCACUUUACCUUCCUAAUUUUGUGUUUGUCCACAGCACCAUAUUUACAAUAUGUAGUCUAUUAAAAUCCACUGACAGCGCCCCAGUCCUCAAGCAUGCACUAAUAUUGGGUUUGAUGAUAUUUUGUUUAAUGUAGCUUUUGAAGGUGAUGUAAAAUUAGACAGGAAUGCUACGCAUAACAUGCUAUAACUAUUAAUGUGUAUCUUCUUUUUUUUGAGUGAAAAUAACUUUAUUUAAAUGAUAGAUGUGAAGAACGACUGUAGAUUGUACUCGAGAGUAACAUUACUGCACCAACUCAUAACUUGUAUGUUGUAUUCUCAACUUUUUGGUUUAUGUACCAAGUCCAGCAUCUGUAACCAGGUUUCCAUCUAACCAUUUCCUUGGAGGAAGUUCCUGGCGCAUGAAAAAAGUCACAACCGGGCUGAUGGAAACAGUAAAUUCCGGUACUAUUUUAUAAAUGUCGACAGACUAUUUGUUCGUUUGGUCAAAUAAAUUAUGAGAGUAAUGACGGUGGAAACGCCUUUGUACAAAUAUUGAUAUAAAACGCAUCAUAUUGAAUAUGAACUUGGAGUUACGCGACGUGUUGUCCUCACACCACGACUCGGGGAAAGCAUGCCGUUUAUUAGGCUCUGAUGAAAAUUGUGCAUGGUGAUGAGCUUCUCCUUUCCAAUAAAUAUCGAGGGUGUUAUUCUGGUGACAUAAUCAUCGAUGCUUGGCUGCCGUUUUGACAAAUAAUCUGUCUCUUAUCCAUAAUAAUCUCAUAUAGGUAGCCUAACAGCACUGAAUCUGCCAGCUGUUGGCAAGAUUGCAUGUGUCAAGACCAUAGUGGUCAAAUUUGCUAUUUAAUGCAACAGUUUUUGACGAAACCAUCAGAGUUGAAAAUGUGAUGGAAUUUAACCGCAAAAGUUAAUUUUGUGCAGUAAGUCAGUUUGAUGGAAACACGGGCAUAUUGUUUUAUGCAGAUUUUAGAAUAUCAUUAAAUCUUUCGCUAAUUGGCUGGAAACCUAUCUUGAGACAAUACCCACAGUCGGUUGUGAAAAUCUGGAUUUCUGUGAUACAGAUGCUGUCCAAUUAUUGUUACAUUGCUUUGACAGUUUUCAGUCUGCAAACACAUUAUGAGUAUGUUGCUAAUAUUUAUGUAAUAUGCAUUACAAUGGCAAAUGUAUUUAACGGGUUCUAGCACAUUUCCCUCUGUUAGUAGUUUGGCAUUUGCCUCUAAAACUGUACUUGACUCUUCAUGUUUUUCAUCAUAUGAAUAUUGUUUAUCUCAACUAAUGUUUUUAGCAAACAUAUGCCUAACCUUAUUCUUUUAACUGUGUUGUGAGCAUACGUCUCUUAGUGUCACUUGUGUAUGUUAUGUAUGUUUCUAUUCACCAUAGUAACAAGGGAUUACUUGAUAGUUAUUUUAGUUUAUGCCAAAUUGGCGACUGUAGGUUAUGAAACUUAAAACUAUUUGUGCUUAUUAUUUAUGUGUGCAGCUAACAAUGUGAUAGUAAGAACCAAUUAGUUGUGAAUCUAGUGCAUUUUUUUGCUUACCUUUUUAUACUGUGUAUGUGUUGCAGUGCUUAAACACUAAAAGAUUCAGUACCCUGAAGGGAGAUUGAAGUGUUCCCCAUUUUCCCCAAGAUUAAAACGAUUGUUCAGACAAAUUACAAAAUAAGUAAUCCAUUUGUUUCCUUACCUCUCCUUGUCCAAAGACUGCUUUACAGGUAAGGAAACAAAAAUAUAAAUAUGACAUUUGGCUGAACUAUCCCUUUUAAUACACCAAAUAAUUUAUGGUACUUUAUCUUAUCAUUAAUAUGAGUAUGGAAGGAUUAAUGCGUAUUCCAAAACAUACAAUAUAAGCUUUCAUGUAAUAUCCAAUGCCCAUUUAUGUGAAUUUCCUAUAUUUUUGGUAAAGCAACUAUUUAAGCUAUUCCGUCCAUUCUAAAAAAUACACUGCAGCAUAUUCCAACUGAAACACGUUCUCUUGGGUACUGCAUCUUGAAUAUUGUAGGUUGUCACUACCCUUCAUAUAGCCUAUUGGGUUAAUUUUGUAUUAGUAAACGAUGUAUGCUGGAUCACUGUAAAUCAAAUUAAAUAAAUUACUGAAAUGUUA